UAUUGUAAUGUGUUAUGACAAAAAUAGUUAUUCAUUCGUUAAUUCCAGUAUACUUAUUUCCACUUUUUGCGUAAAAAUUGAAUCUUCAUAGCGCCAUAAAAACCAUUACUAAUAAUAGAACAAGCGGACGUAUUUUAUCUAUACAUUUCCUAUUUGUUAUUCUCAUUAUUUUUAUUUUUUUCUCCGAGCUGAUAACUAUAUUGACUACAUCUAGUCAACACACACUUUCUAUAUUUCGUAACAGCGUAUCAUCGCAACGGGGAUUUGGUUUUGUGUUGAUGUUUCUCUGUUUAGUUCUCGUCGAGAAAAAAUAGAAAGAAAAAAAAAACUCUGAAACUUGAGGCGCUAUUACGAAAUUUCUUUCGCGCUCUUCUGCUUUAUUGGUUGAAAAACGAUAAAUUUAUAUUACUAUUAUAAGAUUUUGGGUACAUAAAUCGGAGUUGAUCAAAAUUGAAUUCAUUCUAACAAAUACUCGACUCCGUUACCAGUUUAGAUAGAUUAAAAUCUUUUUGAAUGAAAUUUAUAUCUAGCAUCAGUUAAGAUGGAUUCAAAAUUUGGACCAUCGAUCAUUCGAUCGAUAUUCCUAAUUAGUUGUUGGACAUUGUUGAUUGCAAACGUUAAAUCGGUAUCAAAUCCAGUGACACAAGUGAAAAGUGUUGAUAUAAUUAAUGAAUUUACCACAUUUGUAAACGGUAUGCAAGAUCUUAUUGAUUUAAUCAAAAAUGACGAUAGCGAUGAGGUAUUUAAAAAAAAAGUGACAGAUAAACUCAACGAUAUCUACAACACGAGUUUGAAAAUAGAAGUGGAAAAAGUUAUAAAUAGGACUCGUGUAAUGGAGGCAAAACCUGAUCCUCCGAUGGAAUUUUCUUUGUUAGAAGAUAUGAACUACGUGUCAAAAAUUGAUAAUAAAUUGCAUACAAUGGAGGAUUUAUAUAAACUUUUUUUGACUGAUUAUGAUUACAUUAACAAUGAUCCUUAUGGAUCUAUUAAAGAAUCUACUUCCUCAAUCACUGAUAACGGCGACAUCGAAAAUAGAAUAGCGGAGAUUUUAGAAGCUACUGGGUUGACUAUUACCGUUACUAUAAGAGAUAUUUUCGAAAUAACUGUUGCCUAUUUAAAAUACAAGAAAAAUUAUCAUCUUGAUUGUAAUGAUAUUUCUGCUUACGAUAGACUAUACUAUUAUUAUACAUGGGUAGCAAAAACGAUCACCAAAGGUUAUACUAUGAUUAUAUUGUCUUAUCAGUAUCAUAAGCUACACUUAGGUGAUCCAAACUUCUACAGAAAUAAACAAAUUUUAUAUCUCAACAAGUAUAAGAAAGCUAUGAUUCAUAUAACUAAAUCCGUACAGCAAUAUUUGAAUUCAAAUGACAACAUAAAUUUUAAAUCAUCAAUUUCUUGUGAUCCUCAAUCAUGGAAAGAAGGAGAGAAUUAUAUUCGUAUUAAAAACUAUGUAUCGGUUAGAACGUCUACCACUCCUCAUUAUGGUUUCAUAAACUCAGAACCUGAUAAGAGAGGAAUUGAAUACGAGUGCCCAAAUUUUGCAGAAUAUGCUGAUUCGGCUGUACAAGAACUCAUUGCGACUAAACAUUGUACAAGUCCAUUCUCUCCAUCCACCCAGUAUUCAUCAUUUUCAGAAUUCACAGACUAUGCAACGCGAAUAAUGGAGAGAAAAUGUGCUUUAGGUUCUGACUCGGUAUUAAAGGAUCAUUGUUUUUAUGAUCGAAACUCGGAUCCCAUCCUGAGUGUUCGUAAAUUGAGUUUAUCAUUACAAACAUGCAAAACUGAAAUAAAUGAAGUUGUGACAAAUGCGCGAUUUCAUGUUCAAGAAGGUAUAAUUAGCAUUGAAGUUCAAUGUGGAACGUUUGUCAAUGGGAAAGUUGAUUCUGAUACUCUAAGAUGGAAUACAGAUGAUAGACGUUACACAAGAGAAAAUCAUCCAAACUAUGUUGUGCUUUCUGCAUUAUUGAGAUCGUUCAACUUGGACGAUAUUGUAUUACCUGAAGGAGAAUUCGUGACGGGAAUGAAGUUUGAAAAAUUGGAUGAUAACCGUUUGUCGUUAGUAAUUCAGGGAACUGAAAUGUAUGAUUCUAAUAAUCGAAUUAUCAGUGGUCAAACUAGUUUGCGUUUUCCACAAAAUACUGGAAAUUCGAGAGAGAAAAUAGAUUUAUUCUUACUCACUACACCUUUGGAAAUGAAGAAUCAAACUUACGAAAUGAGUGAAUCGGGAAGACAUUACAUCGAACUGACAGAAUCCAAAGAGUCAUAUACAUAUCAAAGUAUUGCGAUAGUGCCAUUUUUGGACAUGCAACCUGUUAGUUUAUGGCGUGCAGCACCACUAGGCGGACUUGGCUUAUUUUACAAGAGUCAACCUGGCUACGCUGGAUUUUUGGCUUUCAAACAUAUUUCCCCAAAAUAUGUGCAUUUUAUUAGUGAAAAUUAUGCCGAAAAAUUGGCGAAUACAUCACCUGCUUAAUUAUAAAAUAUUACGAUUUUUCUAUAUGUAGUUGACUAUAAUUGGUAUACUAUAAUUUACAUAUAUUUAUAGGUCACGCUUUGUCAAAUUGACAACUUUUUUUUUGAACACUUUUAAUUCUUUUAUUAAUUUUUGGGUUUGAUUGAUAAAGUCUUAAUUUAAUUUUUCAGCUUUUUAUCACUUUUCAUACUCAAGUUAUCGAUUUCCGAAAAAUGUCAUUGUGAAUGAUAGAAUUCGAUAGCAUUUAUAUAGAAUAUCAUUGGUACUGAGCAUGUGUUGAAAAUCGAAAUGAUAAUUAAAUGCCUUUACUGUAUUGAAAUUAAGUGUGCAAUGGUUAAUUUUUCAUGAUCAUGUUAAACUUAUACAUCAUUAAAAUAGUAUGCUUUAAAAAUAUAA